UCCUUCAUAAGGUGGUUGUUUGUUUACCUCCGACGACACGGCUUCUCGCGAAAGUAUCGAAGCCGCAAGGAUCAGAGAAUGCAAGGAGCCUGGAAAGGCAGCAAGGUGGGAAGGACAGGCAAGCUGCUCAUCUCCCACGGUCGAGAAAAUUCCCCGCGAGAGCGGAAGAGAAUGGAUGGAUUGGGGGGAGCUGGGGAUGACAACCCACGGGGCAGCUAGGGCAGCACCUUCAGACGGGUUGCGUGAUAAGAAAGUCUCCGACGAGCAUCGUUACCCGUCUAGUUAGUCUAAGUGAUAGGCCAGGCCCAGUUCAUGCAAUAAGUAAGUAUGUAAGUCGAGUCGAGUCGAGUCAUGGCUGGAGGCGGACUUGAUGAGUCCCGCCGGAGAGCUAACGGCAUCCAUCCUCAUCAGUCACAACGAGGAGCUGCUGUGGAUGGAUACUGGAUAGACGGCAACCGUCUUAUGCAAACCAAUUUCCAGCAGGGUACGCGCGGAACGAGAGCGAUAAUAAUAUUAUUAUCGAGGACGACGGUGUGUCGAUCUGCGUAUAAUUCCAAGAAGGACAGACCGUCGUUUCCGAGGCCCCAGACAGCGCACCGUGAGAUGUUAGUCUCAAUCACGACCACACCAGUAACAGUAGUAAUGACUUGGCCAGGGGAUGAUUAUUCAAAAGUUAAGACACUGAGGCCAGGGAUAUCCACCACCACACGGAUCACGGACGACGGACGACGGACAUCGGAUGGCUAUGCAUCUUGCUGUGGCAUCUUGUGGAAUCCCGUUAAAUUAGGCUGCACUCUGUGUAAUGAGCAUGGCCACUCAGGACGGGGCCCUGGUUCCUCGUCAUUAAUAACCAGAUUCCAACUCGAUCAGGAAGGCCGAUUAUUUCCAAGGCGGUUCAGGAUUGAAGGAUGGAUUCUGUUGCGGCCCCUGCACGAACGAAAGCAAAUAACCUGUCGGUAGACGGAACCAGAACCGAGGGUACCACCACCACUGGCCACUGACCACAGGGGUGGAAGAGAGGGGAAGGGGGGGAGGGACCACCAGAAUGGUUAGCGAUGGUACCUAUGUU